AUGGCACCGGCAAAGCUCAACGUUCUUGUUUACACAGGCAUUGGCACCACAGUUGAGUCAGUGCGGCAUUGUAUCUGGUCCCUCCGCCGUCUUCUCGGCCCCAACUACGCCGUCAUCCCCAUCACCGAGAACAUCGCUCUCAAAGAACCAUGGCAAGCAACAUGCGCACUCCUCGUCUUUCCAGGCGGUGGCGAUCUCGGCUACUGCCAGGCACUGAAUGGUGAGGGAAAUCGUCGUAUCGGCGACUAUGUUCGCCGAGGAGGCUCUUACCUAGGCUUCUGUGCUGGCGGCUACUACGGGACACAAAAGUGUGAGUUUGAGUUGGGAAACAAGCCCAUGGAGGUUGUUGGACGAAGAGAGCUAGGGUUCUUCCCAGGGACCUGUCGAGGUGGUGCGUUCAAAGGCUUUGAGUAUCGGAGUGAAAAGGGAGCGAGGGCUGUGCGUUUGACGGUACCCAAGGGUGCCUUUGAACAGGAGGCUGCGUCUGAAAUCAUCUCUUACUAUAAUGGAGGAGGUGUCUUUGUUGAUGCUGCUUCGGUUAAGGACAGAAAGGUCGAGGUUCUCGCUACUUACGAUGAGGAGCUUGAUGUCGAUGGUGGCGAUGGAAAGGCAGCAGUUGUUCUUUGCACAGUCGGAGAUGGUAAAGCCUUGCUUACUGGCCCUCACCCCGAGUUCGCUGCGGCCAACUUGAAUCCUCAGCCAAGCGUUCCUGGGUAUGAUGACCUGGUCACCAAAUUAGCAGACGCCGACAAGGACCGAGCUGCUUUUCUCAAGGCAUGUCUCACAAAACUCGGUCUUGAGGUCAGCCCUCACGACACAGGUGUCCCGUCACUCUCCCAUCUUCACCUCUCUUCCAUCACCGACACAGGCGUAUCGGAGCUAUUAACUGACUGGAGCGACAUCAUCAACAAGGAGAACGGCGAAGAAUGGAUCCGAGCGGAAACAGACACCUUUCACAUCCAGAAUGAAGACACAAUCUGGAGCCUUGAAGGGCUUCAGCAAUCUCUGACAGAGACAAUGGAUACCAACAUCUCUGAGAAUGGCAGCAUUGACUACAGUAAGAUCAUCAAGAAGAUCUUUCCUCACGAGAAGGGUCUUCCCCAUCCCAAGCUUACACCACAUUUCAACCAUGGUCUGUUCUUUUCAAGCCUGAAGCGUUAUCGACAAAUUGAGCCAACUGCGCGGGCAUGGGGUGACUUGCUCAUGUACGGCGAAGUUGUCACAAGUACAAAUACCAUGCUUGAGAAGAACCCCAAGCUCAUGCCGAAACUCCCAAGCGGCUUCACAGUCUCAGCUACCACCCAAGUUGCUGGUCGUGGUCGUGGCUCCAACGUCUGGAUUGCUCCUCCUGGAAUGCUCAUCUUCUCGACUGUAAUCAACCAUCCAGCCCAUCUCGCUGUGACUCGUCCGGUAGUAUUUAUUCAGUACAUCACGGCUAUUGCCAUGGUUGAGGCGGUGCAGUCUUAUGAUCGUGGUUACGAGAACAUUCCCAUCAAGUUAAAGUGGCCUAAUGACAUUUAUGCCCUUGAUCCCACAAAGUCACAAGAGAAACCGCAUUAUGUGAAAGUCGGUGGUAUUCUCUCGCAGUGUCUCUGUUUCGAUGGCAACUACCAAAUCAUCCUCGGCGUAGGCCUCAAUACCAUCAACCCCCGUCCCACAAUCUCCAUAUCCGACCUCGUUCCAUCAGGGGCACCAGAACUUCAUCUCGAAACCCUCCUAGCACGCGUCCUCACACGCAUCGAGGCCAUUUAUGCUCAAUUCCUUCGAGAAGGGUUCUCAGCUGACCUUGAAGCCCGUUACUACCGCCACUGGUUACACACAAGACAAGAUGUCACUCUCGAGGCAGAAGGUGGUGUCAAGGCUCGCGUGGUGGGAAUUACGCGGGAUUGGGGAAUGCUGAAGGUUGAAGAGACAGAUGCUACCGGGAGGUCGACAGGGAAGAUCUGGGCAUUGCAAAGUGAUGAGAAUAGCUUUGAUUACUGGAAGGGCCUGGUCAGGAGGAAGAUGUGA